UCAGUCAUUGCCAGUGUGCGUGCUGUUUUUGUUCUCGGUCCCUGACUUCUCAGCGAAGAGCGACACGCAUUUUGUCAACUGAAAAUAAAGACAAAACAUACAGCGCCCCAGUGUAUCUACUGAGAGAGAAGACAUUUGUAACCGAAUUAUCCAAAUAAAUUCCCCUACGACACCAAUCAGAGAGGGGCGUUUAGUAUUUGUGUUUUCUUUCUUUCUUUUUCUUUUGAAAAACCAAAAUGAAAACCAAAUUUAUCAACGGGGUUUCUUCUCCCUCUAUGUCGCUGGGUCUGCUGGUGACCGAGAACGCCUUGCAGGUUCAGCCCGACGCCCAGGAGGAUUGUAAGGAGCUGGUCUGCCCCGAUCAGCCCGACCUGGACACCCAACGCAAAGCUUAUCUGUGGUGCAGAGAGUUCCUUCAUGGAGCCUGGAAAAGCCUUGAUGAAGACGAUUUCCAUAUCACCAUCAUAAGGGGUGGUCUGAGCAACAAGCUGUUUCUGUGCAGCCUCUCUGACAGUCUGGACACUGUUGGGGACGAGCCAAGGAGCGUCCUCCUGCGCCUCUAUGGAGCCAUCCUGCAGAUGUCCUGUAAUAAAGGGGAUUCCCAACAAUCAAACAAAGAAAAUCACUUCCAAGGUGCCGAGGCCAUGGUGCUGGAGAGUGUGAUGUUUGCGAUCCUGGCCGAGAGGGAGUUGGGCCCUAAACUCUAUGGUAUUUUUCCUCAGGGUCGACUGGAGCAGUACGUCCCUAGCCGUAAACUGGACACCUGUGAGUUAAGUGACCCCAGCAUCUCAUCAGAGGUUGCAGAGAAAAUGGCUAAGUUUCAUGGAAUGAGAAUGCCCUUCAAUAAGGAACCGAAGUGGCUGUUUGGAACCAUGGACAAGUACCUGAGCCAAGUGAUGAGGCUGAAUUUUACCAGAGAAUCCCAGCUGCAUCGCUUUAACCGUCUGCUCAGCUACAACCUGCCACAGGAAAUGGAUCUGCUCAAGUCUCUGCUGGAGUCCACCCACUCUCCUGUAGUGUUUUGCCACAAUGACUGUCAAGAAGGGAACAUCCUGCUGCUGAAGGACCGCCAGACCUCAGAUAAACAGAAGCUGAUGCUCAUUGACUUUGAGUACAGCAGCUACAACUACAGGGGAUUUGAUAUUGGCAACCAUUUCUGUGAAUGGAUGUAUGACUACAACUGUGAUGAGUUUCCUUUCUUCAAAGUCAAUCCUCAGACCUACCCUUCAAAGGCCCAGCAGCUCCACUUCAUUGAACGCUACCUGCGUGAGUCUGACAGAGGGUUUGACAAUCUGAGUGAAGAGGACCAAACGAAACAGAAGCAGGAACUGUAUAUAGAAGUUAACAGAUUUGCCCUGGCAUCCCACUUCUUUUGGGGUUUGUGGUCUAUCAUCCAGGCCCGGCUCUCCACCAUCAAGUUCGGAUACCUGGAGUAUGCCCUGGCCAGAUUUGAUGCCUACUUCCAACAGAAGAAGAUCUGGGCUGUCUAAUGGAGAGAGAUGAUUGGAUGGAUUGACAACAUGUUCAGCCAAACAGCAGAAGGAGGACAUACAGGUUGAUGAAGAUUCACACUUUACUCCCACUCGCUGCCUUGAGAGGAUUUGCUGGCUACUGUUGGUGUUUUGUUUACCAAAGCCAAAACUUGAUCAUGCGGCUAGGAUGCUUAAAGUGUGCCCCACAAUCCAUUGUGGCUCAAAGUUUACACUCCCUGAGAGCCAAAAAAAGAAAAAAACAUUGACUUGUACUAACCUAGAUCACUGGUCAGAACUACUCUCAGCUUCUGUCUCGUUUGAAAGAUAUCAUUAACGCAGGGGUUUGAGCAGGAUGUGGAUUUAAUUGACACUUCAGUGUGCCAGUAACCUGGCCCUACCUGUUACUGAUUUUCUGGCUGGAGGAAUCAUUACUAGUUCAGCAGGCCAGGCUGAUGUCUACGUUUCCAGAUAGUACACACUUGUUUGUUUGAUUUAUGUUUGAGUUUUGUUGUAUUUCCAGCUGGUUAAACUCCACUAAAUCAAAAUCAAAGACAUCAAACUUCAGGUAUUUCCAUCACAAUUAGGUCUGGUUCUGUGUGGCUUCCUUAGUAGUAAUGCCAUUAAAAUGAUCAACUGUGACUCAACCUGUUAUUUUUUUGCUAACAGACGUUUGUUGGAUGUAUGCUUUUAUAAUGGAAUGGGACAAGUAUAUCCACACCUCUGUAUGGCUUAAAGAGGAAAUUGUUGCUAAGCUCUCUAGGAAACUAGGAAGCUCAAAAUUAUAUUUUAUCACUACAUUGAGGAAAACCUCAUGAUAAUAGUUCCUUUUUGUGGUAAUAGAUUAUUUGGUGACAUCACUGUUUUUUAACGCAAAUGUCUCCUGCCAGCUUGCCUCAUCAUCAGACCCAUAAUCCAGAAAGCAGUGACAUAUAGCACAGCUGCAGAUCAUUUAUUAAUAUAAGUUAUAGCUUAACAGCUGUAUGGAUACUAAGAUAAAGGGGAAUUUAGUAAAGUGCAGCUUUUACUGUAAGUAAGUGGUGUCAAUUACAUUGUCAAACCCAAACUGUUAAGAGAUAUGAGUAAAAACUGUGACUAUUUCUACCUCACCCCAUCAAGUCAUUAUAAGUGCACCAAACAUUCAAGAACUACAGAACACUAUUAUACAAAGAUACACGUAUUCUUCAUCUGCUGCUAACACAAGCUUCACUUUGCCUUCAAAUGAGACCUUGAUAUAUGGACUUUCAGUUUAUUUUCUUUGUUUGGCACUUCUCACAUGUGGUGAAAAACAGGUUUUCCUUUUAGGAUUCCACUUUACACUGUAAUUGACACCAGGGACCAUGAGCUACAGCAGCUUCUCAGCUUGCCACCAUAAUAGCAGUCUGUCAAACAUUACAGCAAAUGCUUUUCCAUAAUAGAAAUCAACUGUCACACAUUUCCCAUGUUGGAGGGUCGUAUUGACGAUGUUGAUGAACAAAAAGACUAAAGCUCCGAAAUUGCUCCCUGUAUACUGAUUGAUAUUUACUGUUCAUGACAUGCAUACUACUUUCUGCAAAGCAAUCCUUAUGCAUUGCUCCAUAUUUUCUAGAUGUGAAAACUACUGUGCAUCUCUUCAGCUGUCAGUGAUGACACAAAAUGAUUUCACGAGUAAACGAUUGAGUGUCCAACAUAUAGGAAGUUGUGAACAAGUGAGCAAGGGGGUGAUUUCAAACAUAGCCUAAAAUUGACAUUUCACUCCCGUGCCUUCCGCCUCUCAAUAUACGCACUUUACAAUGGAAACAGAGCAAAGUCAUCACUCAAAAUUAUGUCUUUUUUUUUAAACUUGGGGAACGCUGGUGGCUCACCUGGUUAGAUGCGUACUAUUAUAGUUGAAUCCUUAAAACAGCUCUCUCACCUGCCUUUCCUGUCUCUCCAUUAUCUCCACUAUCUCUGCUAUUGCUGUCUAAGUAAAGGUGGAAAGUGCUGGAAAAAAAAAACAAUAAAAAACAUGGGUCCUAGAUAUCAGAAAAUGAUGGACAAGCAGGCUUGUUAUUUCUUACCAGAGAUCAUUGAUUUUGCAGAUGGUAAUGACUGCUGUCACUGGCAGUUUUUAUCAGCAGUGGUUAGCUAGCUAAUUAGCUAGGUAAUGUUCGCACCAUAAGUUUGUUAAACAUGUUGUCUCCACCUGACUUGUUAAUGUUUUUAGCUAACUCUGUUUAAUGUGAGAACCCUGUAAAAAGAGUUUUAAAUGUGCACUUGAUGGCUACAUACAUGAUAUGCUAAAAGACUGAGGCUAAAAGCUCCCAAUAUGUGAAAAAAUGGCAUACACUUUUCAGUGCCUUUCAAACACUUGUUCUUGUGUUGUGCUUGUGGUUUUGAAAAAGACUAAAAACAAAUAACAUUCUCCAAAGUCUUAAAAUGUUGAGUAUUUCUCCUGCUACAACUUCAUGCACAACAUGUGAAAAAUCCAAAGCUUAACAGGCCUGCUAAGCCUAGUUGCAGUUGCCAAACCAUGAUUGGAUAAUAGCUGUUUGGGGUAGGGUCACAGCAAAAGCCAAUUCAAAAAGUCAGUGUCUCCAUGACCAAGGAUAUUGCUGAACACUUGCUCUGUGUAAUAUUUCACAAAACCAUAUUGAAACACCUUAUUUUACUGUUGUUCACCAUAGUCAAACUGUUGUGAAAAGAUACAUGAAAAGCUGCACCUGAAAAACACUGCAAUACGCCAUGUGACUGCACUGCUACAAAUGAAAGCUGUAUAACCACUGCAAAGGCUGGCAUACAUAUCUGUAUUCAUUUCAGUUUAAUUGUAGCAGAUUUAUAGGGAUAUCAGGGUAUGCUCCCUGUUGACUUGGGAGUCACUCUGUUUUAGCAUGAAAGCUAACAAAAUAAAUAUGUGACUCUUGUGAAGUGUACAGUAGGCUUUACCUCAUAUUGAGAAUGGCUAUACAGUUUCCAGUGGACACAGAACCAAGGGAACUGAGCUGGAUCAUGACACUAAACUGAACCACCCAGAAGUGUUUGAAUGUCUACUGUGGCACUUUUGAAUCGGAGGACUGCAAAAAGUAUUAAAAAAAACAAACAACAACAACAACAAAAAAUGCUCUAUGUAUCUUGAGUAUUUCAAUGUUUAAACAUUUAGAGGGUUGCAGAACUAUGGCUUUUACGUUGCUGAAAUGUUAGUUUUAUUCUACAUCCAAAUGUAUUUUCUUACAAAUUUCUUUUGGAAUAUGGCAAAUGUAUAGUCUUAUCUUUAUUUUGAGAUACUUAUACUGUAUGAUACAGCUGUUAAAAUUCUUGUUGAAAGUGUUACUGGUACAGCCUUCAUGAGGCAAUAAUCUCUACUUUAGUUUUAGUAGUUUUUUUAAGUACGAUUCAGUGAUCCUUUCUUCUACAUAACCUGAAUUAGUAGUUUUCUUAUUCAGAAGUUGUCUUUUAUUUUGAAAAUUAUUUGCCCUGACCUUUAAUUGUGUGCUAUUUCUGUCUCAAUAUUGUUGUCCUUUUUCUUCACAUUUUUGAAAAUAUUUGUUAUAUAAAAUUGAACACCUUUAUCUGUAGUUACAGUACAUUCCAUACUUGCUACUUAAUUUUCUGUAUUGCAUACACUUCAAACCAAACUCCAGACUAAAUUUUUAAAUUACAAUAAAAUUUGAAUUUGUCCCCAGGGAACAAACACACUCACUUCUCUUUAAACUUUUAAUGCAAAGUAUGUAAUAUUAAUGUAAUGUAAUAUUCACUAAUAUAAUGUAAUAUUAAAAAUAAUCCAAAUAUAAACUUGAGAAUGUACAUGUUGUAAUACACAUGUGAUAUGCUUAUUUUUUGCAGAUUCUGCUCUGUGAUGGCAACCUUAAGUACACUAUCAUGUGACUCACAGUGAUAACCUUUGCUAUUUAUGCAGCUUUACUGAAUGCAUACAGUAGGUACUCAUAAAAACCUACUUUUUAAUUAAAAAUGUUUCAGAUUAAUUGCAUAGAAAUGACCUUGGCUGUAUAUUUAUUUUUCUGCACAAAUAAAAAUUAAAGAGGAAGAAAUUUA